UAUUUCAGGGAAAAAGGAGCAAACUGGUAUCUCCUGCCUCCUUUCCAGCUUUGUCUGGUGAGAGCAACUGCUUGCAAUGGACUUUCUCUCGUUGCUGAGCCUACAGCUCUCCCAAACACCCCAGGGGAAAGGGGAGACAAGCUUGGGAGCAAAUAUUUGGAUCAUCUAUUGCAUUUAAGGCAGUGAAAUCAACCUGAUCCCUGCGUUGUUUUUUUGUCCAUUUUUUAAUUUAAAUGAGGCUCAACUUUAUGCAACUUGUUGCUUCGCGAGGAGAAACCCAGGCUGGGAAGACACCAGGACCGUAAGAGCUGCAGCCCCAGGCACUGCCUGCACCAUGAAAUCUACCAGGCGAGGGGGUAAGGUGUGUGAGUGACCAGUGGCAAUGGCUCGCCUGGAGCCGGACUCUCCUUGUAAACAGUAGCCCUGGGCAGCCUCCAGCCACACAGCACUCCCAUGCUUGGCUCCGUGUCGCCUGACCGGGCACCCUCGCCGCUCUGCAGAUGCCUUUCUCAGGGGAAGAGAGGAGCCUUCAGGGGGUCUACAAGUCAACGGCUCAGCAGCAAGAUGGGCAAGCCCUGGCAGCCGGGGGGGUGUCUGUGUGUGCCGAGUGCUACACUAACCAGACCUUCGUCUUCGAUGAUGGCAGCUCUCACAGGCUCUCGUCGCCGGGCGGCUGCGGGGGCUGCGGCGGCAGCAGAAGCGGGGUCAUCCUGGACAUCGCCUCCCUGAAGAUGAACGAGCUGGAGUCCGAGGUGCUGCCCCUGCCGCCCCGCUACCGGUUCCGGGACCUGCUGCUGGGGGACCAGGCCUUCCAGAACGACGACAGGGUACAGGUUGAGUUCUAUGUAAAUGAAAACACCUUUAAAGAACGUCUCAAGCUGUUCUUCAUCAAAAACCAAAGAUCAAGCCUAAGGAUACGGCUAUUCAACUUCUCCCUGAAGCUUCUCACUUGUCUUCUCUAUAUUGUACGUGUUCUACUUGACAACCCAGCAGAGGGAAUAGGAUGCUGGGGAUGCGAAAAGCAGAAUUACUCAACCUUCAACCAGUCGUCUACAGAAAUAAACUGGGCUCCAAUCUUAUGGGUGGAUAGAAAAAUGCCAUUAUGGGCAAUACAGGUUAGCGUAGCUUUAAUCAGCUUCCUAGAGACCAUGCUUCUCAUCUAUCUCAGCUACAAGGGAAACAUCUGGGAGCAGAUUUUUCGUAUUUCAUUCAUCCUUGAAAUGAUCAACACGGUGCCCUUUAUAAUCACAAUAUUCUGGUCCCCUUUACGGAAUUUGUUUAUUCCAGUUUUUCUGAACUGCUGGCUGGCCAAGUACGCCCUGGAAAACAUGAUAAAUGACCUGCACCGAGCGAUACAGAGAACGCAAUCCGCCAUGUUCAAUCAAGUGCUGAUUCUGAUUUGCACCCUGCUGUGUCUUGUUUUCACAGGAACCUGUGGCAUCCAGCAUUUAGAAAGAGCAGGUGACAACCUCUCCCUCUUCAAGUCCUUCUACUUCUGUAUCGUCACCUUCUCCACCGUGGGCUAUGGAGAUGUGACCCCAAAGAUCUGGCCCUCGCAGCUCCUGGUGGUGAUAAUGAUUUGUGUUGCCCUUGUCGUGCUGCCCCUCCAGUUUGAGGAGCUUGUGUACCUCUGGAUGGAACGUCAGAAAUCAGGAGGAAAUUACAGCCGCCACCGAGCACAGACGGAGAAACACGUUGUCCUUUGUGUCAGUUCCCUCAAGAUUGACCUCCUGAUGGACUUUCUGAAUGAGUUCUACGCCCAUCCCCGGCUGCAGGAUUACUACGUAGUGAUACUUUGUCCAACAGAGAUGGAUAUACAAGUUCGGCGGGUCCUUCAGAUUCCUCUGUGGUCUCAGCGAGUGAUAUAUCUUCAGGGGUCUGCACUGAAAGAUCAGGAUCUCAUGAGAGCAAAGAUGGAUAACGGAGAGGCCUGUUUCAUUCUCAGCAGUCGAAACGAGGCGGACCGCACGGCCGCGGACCAUCAGACCAUCCUGAGAGCCUGGGCUGUGAAGGAUUUUGCGCCCAACUGCCCCCUCUACGUUCAGAUUCUAAAGCCUGAAAACAAGUUUCAUGUCAAGUUUGCGGAUCAUGUGGUCUGCGAGGAAGAGUGCAAAUACGCCAUGCUGGCUUUGAACUGCGUCUGCCCAGCAACCUCCACGCUCAUCACCCUGCUGGUUCAUACAUCCAGGGGCCAAGAAGGCCAGGAGUCCCCGGAGCAGUGGCAAAGGAUGUAUGGGCGCUGCUCAGGCAACGAAGUAUACCACAUCCGCAUGGGAGACAGCAAGUUCUUCAUGGAAUACGAAGGGAAAAGCUUCACCUACGCUGCCUUCCACGCACACAAAAAGUAUGGCGUCUGCUUGAUCGGCAUCAGGAGGGAAGAGAACAAGAGCAUCCUGCUGAACCCUGGGCCACGGCACAUCAUGACGGCGUCUGACACCUGCUUCUACAUUAACAUCACCAAGGAGGAGAACUCUGCCUUCAUAUUCAAGCAGGAGGAGAAGCAAAAGAAGAAAGGGUUUGCUGGGAGAGGGAUCUAUGACGGCCCAUCCAGGCUGCCUGUUCACAGCAUAAUUGCAAGUAUGGGUACAGUAGCCAUGGACCUGCAGAACACGGAAUGUCGUCCUGUUAACAGCAGCAAGCUGACCCUGCCAGCUGAAAAUGGAUCAGGUAACAGACGGCCCAGCAUUGCCCCGGUCCUAGAGCUAGCAGACAGCUCUUCCCUCCUGCCCUGUGAUCUGCUCAGCGACCAGUCAGAAGAUGAGAUGACUCAGUCAGAUGACGAAGGACUUACUGUUGUAGAAUAUGUGAAAGGCUACCCCCCGAACUCGCCCUACAUUGGGAGUUCUCCCACUUUGUGCCACCUUCUACCUGUAAAAGCCCCUUUCUGCUGCUUGAGGUUGGACAAGGGCUGCAAGCACAACAGUUAUGAAGAUGCCAAGGCCUAUGGGUUUAAGAACAAAUUGAUUAUAGUUUCAGCAGAGACUGCUGGGAAUGGCCUGUAUAAUUUCAUCGUCCCUCUCCGUGCAUACUAUAGGUCCCGGAAAGAGUUAAACCCAAUUGUAUUGCUACUGGACAACAAGCCUGAGAACCACUUCUUGGAAGCCAUCUGUUGUUUCCCCAUGGUUUACUACAUGGAAGGCACUAUCGAUAACCUAGACAGUUUGCUGCAGUGUGGGAUCAUUUAUGCUGACAACUUGGUGGUUGUGGAUAAGGAAAGCACAAUGAGUGCAGAGGAGGAUUACAUGGCAGACGCAAAAACAAUUGUCAACGUCCAGACCAUGUUCCGGCUGUUUCCAAGCCUUAGCAUCAUCACUGAGCUGACCCACCCAUCCAAUAUGAGGUUCAUGCAGUUCAGAGCAAAGGACAGUUAUUCCUUGGCCCUCUCCAAACUUGAAAAGAAAGAGCGAGAGAAUGGCUCCAACCUGGCAUUCAUGUUCCGGCUCCCAUUUGCUGCCGGCAGAGUGUUCAGCAUCAGCAUGUUGGAUACGUUGCUCUAUCAGUCGUUCGUGAAGGACUACAUGAUCACCAUUACGAGAUUGCUGCUGGGCCUUGACACUACGCCGGGUUCUGGCUACCUCUGUGCUAUGAAAAUCACUGAGGAUGACCUGUGGAUCCGGACAUAUGGCCGUCUCUUCCAGAAGCUUUGCUCUUCCAGCGCAGAAAUUCCCAUUGGGAUCUACAGAACUGAAUCACACAUGUUCUCAACCUCCGAGCCUCAUGACAUCAGAACUCAGUCGCAGAUCUCAAUCAAUGUCGAGGAUUGCGAGGAUACAAAAGAUGUCAAGGAACACUGGAACAUCAAGACAAGCCAUCACAGGAACUCCUGCUCGAGUGACCAGUCUGAGCACCCCUUGCUACGGCGUAAAAGCAUGCAGUGGGCACGCAGGCUGAGUAGGAAAGGAAACAAGCACACAAGCAAAACAGCGGAGUGGAUCAGCCAGCAGAGGUUGAGUCUGUACAGGAGGUCGGAGAGGCAAGAGCUUUCAGAGCUUGUCAAAAACCGAAUGAAACAUCUGGGUUUACCUACAACUGGAUAUGAGGAUGUAGCAAAUUUAACAGCCAGUGAUGUGAUGAAUCGGGUAAACCUUGGAUAUUUGCAAGAUGAAAUGAAUGACCAUCAGAACACAUUAUCCUAUGUCCUGAUUAAUCCGCCGCCGGACACACGCCUGGAACUCAGUGAUAUAGUGUAUUUAAUACGAUCUGACCCUCUAGCGCAUGUAUCCAAUGACUCCCACAGUCGAAAAAGCAGCUGCAGUAACAAGCUGGACCCAUGCAAUCCUGAAACAAGAGAUGAAACGCAGCUCUAAACAACCUUGCCACUGACCAUGUCUUCUUCUCAUAUUGCUAAUGCAUGGAAUUGUAAGGGAAUUCACUAUAAACUUUACCCAAAGGGAUGAAUUUCUUGGGGACAAAAAUGGAUUCCAGGUGGAAUACUUAAAAGACAAAGUCCAGUAAACAUUAAUUGUCAGUGGGUUCCAAUGCCCUGGCAGAUUCCUCCGCAGUGCACUAAGAAAAUGUAAUUCCCAACCUGGAUUCAAGCUGCUUAGAAAGGAAGCUACUCAAACCUCGGAGUUAAAGGACAGCUGGCCAAAUAAAAGGCUCGAAGAUUCAUACAGUUAUUUGUUUUUAACUUUUUUUUUAAAAAAUAUAUACCGCAACUAGUGAAAACAGUCUUCGUCGGUACUGGCAGAUGUGGCCGAAGUGAACAGAGACUACAACUGAAACCUGAUUGAUUAGAAGGAUUGGGCUGAAAAACACCCCUAAACACUGCAGGUCACAUUGGACCCAGUGGAACAGGGAAGUGUCAGGGCAAGAGAGAAAAUGAUCAUGUAGCCUUUUUAUUUAUGUUUUCAAUGGUAUCCGUCCCACUGCAGGCUACCGAACGUUCUUCAGCGUUUGCUGCCUUGUUUUCCAUUAUGGGGAAAGAGAGAGAUGGGGAAGGGAGAGAGGUGAUUGAGCCAUCACUCACUUGAUUAGCCAUAUCCAGUUCUGAUACGGUAGCAAAUCAUGCCCUUGGAAGCUCCAGCAAGCUGCUGAGGUGGGGCAAGAAACCCCUUAAGCUACAGGCCUGCUGGAAGUGUGUGAUUUGUCCUUACGCACUGGGCUUCAUGCCACAGUCAUUACAAAUGACAUUUAUCAUUCUGUCAAAAGGCUGUGCCAAAUCCACUGUUUCUUUUAAAGUCUCGUAAACCGCCAAGGGAGAACAAUCCCUGUGUCAUUUAUCUGUGUUCAUAUCUACAUGGAAACCCUGGUUCAACAGGCUAGUGCUGCUGGGCCCUCAGGCUUGCACCCACCCCGGGACUUUGCCACUUCGCUGCAUAUUAAAUACCAACUGUCUGGCAGGUACUAUUAUAUAAACUGGCAACUGUCCUAGUCUAGCCAUACAUAGCUGAGGAUUAAAGUAUCCUGGGGUAAGAUGCAGUUUUACAAACAAGGCUGCUGUAUUAACACACAGCUUAGGAUAACUGAAGAGUCUCUUACCUAGCUAGAAGAUAAGUACAGCUUUAUUGCCAGCUGGAUCGAAUGUGGCCAGCACCUCUCUUCUAAAUACUUCAUUAAAGCCACAACGGGGGCGGGGCGGGGGGGGUGUCACUAUCACCGUCGCCAAUUAACACUGCAGGCCCAUGGAAUUAGUGCUAGGGCUGAGCUACAAUGCUUUACUCUAGCUUUUCCUAAGCAGUUGGUGACAAAACGCCAUAGGCCACGAACUAACUGCCAUUGUAGGCGCUAAGUCAGCUAUGAGUGACCCUGGGCCCUCACAAAACUCCUGCUCAGCUGGUGCCUCAACCCACUCGGUGCCUAAAUUUUCACCGUAGAAGACCCUGCAUGCCUAAUAUUCUGCCUCAGGGCAUGGGUGCUGUUGCCUUACUCUGGGGGGCCUGGCUGCCUGUGCCCCAGCGCUAUUCACAAACCAGGGGAAGUGAGCCAUUCCCUCAGCUCACGGGCCGCGCCCAAGCUAGUAGGUGCUCAGAGGGCAUCCAGGAGAGUGGCUCCCUGGCCACAGGACAUAGUGCUGCUGGCCCCCACGUUAUUGCUUAGCACACACACCUAAGCUGGGAGACCCCACAGCUUCAAUCCCCCCCUCAGCUUGAUGGGGGCGCAAGGCUUGGAGUGGGGUGUGUUCUGACACUGAGCUAUGGGAUUGGCGGGGGGGGUGUGUGUGUCUUUUGCUCUCUCUUUGGUUGCAGCUCUUCCAUGCUGGAUAACUAUUUAGUGUCAUUGGUGGAAGGGAACUGGCUCUUGGAUCUCCCACCACUCAGCGGGGAGGCCCGCAUCUCAAGCACGUGUGCUCAGUGGGCCAAUGCUUAUUUAAUCCCAAGUGAACCAGGCUUUAACAAGCUAGACGGUGGGAAACCCACAUGAGCGUGUCCCAUAGCUCAGGGGGUAGAACACUCCCCAGGCAGGUGGAAAAUCCAUGUUCAAAUCCUUUCUCCCUACCAAGCAGAGGGGGGGAAUUAACCCUGGGGAAUGUGGGUCUCCCACAGCCUGGAUGAGGGCACGAAUCACUGGGCUAAACCUGGGGGAUAGCAGCAUCUCUGCCUGGAGGAGGGGGUUCGCACCUAUGGCUUCCCAGCAGCGCUAGACACGUCAUUGCAACCCAGAUUUAGGCACUGACCUCCUUGAGAGGGGUGCAGGUCUAGGGCACUCUUCUCAUUGCCCUCUCCCAUUGACUAACCUCCUGCUCAGCGUGCCUGCUUUUGUGGACUCCACUCUAGGUGCCUCUCUCUUCCCUGUCAUUGUACUAGAGUGCCAAGGCUUCGAACCAGCCUUUGUGAUGCCCAGUGAUUUUUUUUCCCUAGGUGCUUAAAAGUGACCCUCGCAGUGCUCGACAGGCAACGGCCAAGUCUCUUUGCAACUCUGGUCCACAAUUUAGUCAUUUCAUAACUGAGAGUCCAAGUCUACAAACAGUAACACAUGUAGGUAGGUUAUGCCAGUGAGCUCAUGUCAUUACAGGACUAGGCCCUAAGAGAAAAUCUGGGGCUCCAGGACAUGCUGAGGGCUGAGGCAGGGGAUUGUGGGGGUUCAGGGUGCAUGCGCUAGGCGGCGCUUAUAGCAGGAGUCUCCCAGAAGCAGUGACGUUCCUCUGGCUCCUAGGCGCAGAGGGGGCCGGGGACCUCUGCGUGCUGCCCCUGCAGCUCCCAUUGGCCACGGUUCCCUGGCAUCAAGAGCUGUGGAGCGGACGCUCGGGCGGGGGGCAGCGCAUAGAGCCCCCCCGGCUGCCCCUGAACUUAGGAGCUGGAGAGAUAUGCCAGCCACUUCUGGAAGCCAUGCAGAGCCGCUCACUGCGGUGGCCAGGAGGUCCCUUAUCAACAGGGCGGUCCAGUCCAGAACUGGUCACCCUGUAACUGGUCACAGACAAGUUGGUAAAUUCAUUUUAAUUCCUUUUACUGUAUCACCAAAUCGUGCCCUUCACUAAGUGUCCAACUGCUAUAGUCACAGAGGCCCAAUUGAAAGAUGCUGCUGAAAUUCAACAUCCCCCCUACACCCUUCUUUUAUUGCCCCCUUAGUACCCCUGUGUAGUAUGACACUCUGCCCCCCGCACCCUCAAUUCUGGCCAGAGCCAAGCUGGGACCUGGGACCUCAUUUCUCCAUCAGGUGAAGUCUGGUGAGGUGCCUGCAAUCUGCCUUGUUUCUGCUCAACAUUUCCCAGCAAUGGGCAUGGCCCCAUAACAAUGGCUCCUGGCAGCUACAGCUGUUUUAAGCACCACAUCGUCUAACCCCUCUCACUGCAGGGGCUACAGGACGUGGUGCAUAAAAACACCAGCAGCCACCUGCACCUUGUCUGUGGCUAGCACCGGGGGAACUGGACAGAUGACAGCUCAGCCUCUGCUGGCCCAGGGAACACAGAAGGUAGCUGGUGGUCUUUCUCCCAGCACUAAAAUGGAAUAAGUGCUGGAGCAAACACCCAGCCCAGCUCUUGCCCUUUAGUAAUUUUAAAAAGGAAGAUUAAAAAAAACAGAGUUUAUGCAGACUAGGGGCCGAGAGUCAGUCUCCUAUGUCCAUAUUCAGACACCUCAGUAAACGUGGCCUGAUUUUUAAUGGUGCAGGCCACUUGCAGCAGCCAUGGAAGCCCAGGCCAGCUGUGUUGCUGAGGCUUCAGCAAAGCAGGCUAUUCACCUCUCGGGUUCUUCGUUUUCCCCCUAAAACUGCUCUAACUGACCCAGAAACUAGCCUGGAUGCUGGGAGAUUCACCCAGGGGAGAUGCAAAGAUGGUUAAUGCCACCUCAGUACACGCAUCCACAUACCUCCCUCCUCUCCCCUUUGGUUUCCCCAUAAAUUGCAUUAAAUGCUCCUUGGCCGCAGCUCCAGAGCACUUUUGAAUAACGCUGAAGCUUAGUCUUGUGAAAGCCAUAAUGCAACAAUGAGUAUGAAUUUAGUCUUGCUGUGGCUACACCGUCGCUUAUUUUCUAUGCUGUUUCUAUGCUCAUUGUGGUCUUUGCUCUUAUUAGGGGACAAGUCUCUUAUCUAAAAAUCUCUCCCCUAUUUUAAAGAGCAACUUCUUAACAGCAAAAUCACCUUAAGUUUGAGAAGGGUCUUUCCAGUCAUUCCCCUUAACUCAUUUACUGAUUAACUGCAAGCUCAACCUUUGACGGUAGUAGACUUUGUUCAGGCUACCUCAACGUUUGAGGUACCAAAAAUGUUAACACCUUUGUUAUGAGCCUCAGAGACAAAGUUCUUUUAUAGAGUUUUAUAACUGGGUAAAACUAUAUGUACAAGUAGCUUUUGCCUACAGUAAAGAUGUGAAUGUACAGAAUAACCUUACAAUACUAGUCAGUAUAGCACAAUCUGGCCAACUCCUAUUAACAUUGCAUUGACUAAAUGGUAAAGAACUUUCUAUAGCAGAACAAUGUAUUUUUCACCUAUUUUUGCACACUUUAAACUGUUGAUGUGUAAAUGGUUUAUUUGAAUGCCAAGUGACUAACAAAGAUGUUGACUUUAUAUACUUUUAAAUUAGUAUAUUAAAACAUAAGGGAUUUUUGUGAGAAUCCUGUAAAGCACAAUGACAAUGUCAUGAAGUUCCACUGGACAUCACUGAUUGGUUGACCAGGGAUUGAAAGAUGAAUGGAUGCAGCAGCUUUGUUUAUUUUCACAAACAUCUGCCAGUCGUUCCCACGGACACACACACAAUAGAAGUUGUUUGUGUUGUUUAAAAUUGCAGUUUUAAACAGCCAGUAAAAAUACAAUUUAGUGCUUAGAGAAUUCUGCAAAACCAGCAAUAUCUGGGUCCAAAGUCCAGAAUCAUCAGUAAAGUGUUAACCUAUGAUUCAUUUCCUGAAAAAUCCUAAUAUCGGGCAUUUGCAAUCAUGGGGUAACCAAUAUAGAAACCUAUUUUUCCCUUACGGAUGAGACAAUUCCUCCAGCUCUGCCUUCCACUCCUGACUCUGUGAUAAUUUUGUAUUAUUGUCAGUAAACCAUUUCAUCUAGGUGUUCCAAUGGCACCUAAGCUUCCGUUGUAGAGACACUCAGCUUGUAAGGCUAUUUUCAAGUGGCUAUUGACACAUAUUAAAUAAUACAUUACGAAAGGAAAAGCAAGCUUUGGCUGGAGGUCGCUGCUUAAAUGCCUUCCUGACCCUGAAAUUUAAUAUCAUAGGGACAAGCACUGUAGUUCAAACUCACUCUCUCUCAUUGGUGUGGCCUAGAAACAUGCCAAUGAAGAAAAAGGCUUUUUCAGCCCAGUUUUUCAGACUACUGCCACAGGGCAGAACGCACCAAAGCUUGUAGACAUGAGCAGAUAUCAAGGAAAGAUAUAUUCUGGCAUGCGAAACGUUAAAGUGCCAAUUUUAUAUCAUCCUCAAUUCCAGUGUGCAUACUGCACCCCUCCCUGUAGCAUGCUGGUGGGAAGGAAUGUUUGCUGGGUUAUGCAUUCUCUCUACACUUUACCCAUCUCUGGGUCCUGGUGGUUAGAGUUGCUUGUACUAGGCAGCACCACUGCUUUCUUUCUCUCCAGCCACACACCUCAGUCGUGGGGUGUAGUCCAUGCACUUAAGUGUUUUUAAGCCCUUCCUUCUAAAAAUGAAAUCUUCCCACCUUUGCAAAGAUUGUUGAGGCUUAAAAUAGAAAAGAAAGAGGCAGAUCAAUAGGCUUCAUGUAGGAAAACUUUAAAACCUGGACUAGGUUCUGUGUAGUUGGUGCUGCCAAUCAAAAAAGCUUUUAAUACAGUUUCUUAAUUCAAUUAAAUUGUCAUAUCAAAAUUGGAAUGAGACAGACUUGUGUAUGGAAAUCACACAGCAAUGUUUAAUAUGUUGCAAGCCUUGUGUUUCCCAGACACAGGGAAGAAAGUAACAAACUUCAUCUCCCGGUUGAAGUUCCCUCAGUACAAUGUUGUGUGUCUCUGGAGAAAAACAAGCCUACAAAUAAACACACGAUGUGGCUAAUGUUGGGCAAUGAAGGGGGUUACACGUUCAUUGGAGUAUCUAGAUAUGCGCCCAUGGGUACAUUCUGGUUGUUUUCAGCAGAUUUCAAUUGUUCAUCCACGCAAUGGUGAAGAGAGUUAAUUUUCAGAGUUAGAAGGAAAGGUCUGUAGGAUCUACAGCAAGUGAAGGAAGCAGCCCUGAACCUUCAGCCAUUUGUAGACCCAAACUCAAAAAUAACUAUUUUUGAAGUUUUGAAAUGUUUGGGUGAAAAAGGUUUUUCUUCUUCCCAUUUAUUUCCCACUGGGACAAGAAGGGUCAAAGUAUCAUGAGAAAAUAUGUUCUUGCAGGAUAUCUGAGGGGAAGUAACAGAAGUCUCACAAGCACACCUGUUCUCUUGAGAUUUACAAGUCAUUUUGCAGACUUAAGAGAUUCAGAUAGUUUUGAUAAUCCUCUAAACUGUGAAUAUGUUAAACCAAGUCUAAAUUACAAACUUCUGGAGGGUUCCCAAUCUCUAUUUUUCACUCAGGUUAUAGUGAAACAAAGCCAUAAUUAGACACAGAAAUAUCUAUUUGUAAAAGUCGUUACAGGUCAACUCUAUAGACUCUCGACUCAGUCUGCCUUGCUAGUUGUUCUUAGGCUUGGCAGAAUUUGAUUUUUUUUUUUAAAUAAUUUUGAUGGUAAAUAUCCAUGUUUGUUUUUAAGCAUUGUUUAAAGUUUUUACUGAUUUAAAUGUUCACAGUUGCAGGCAACUAAGGGAGCAGACAAUCAUUUAACGACAGUAGACAUUCAGAUUCAAAAAGUUAAAUCUUUGCUGCUGUUAAAAUACAAGUUAUUAAUAUCCUAUCGCUAUGGAUAAAGUAAAUCUACUUAAAUCAAACUGUAGUAAGUUCUCAAGCAGCACUUUUCUUCUUUUGCCGAUCUGUACAUUUCUGUUACCACCGAUGGAAAUAUGGUUUUGUCUGAAAUUGAUGUUUACUGACAUUUACCGAUAAAAACUGAAUCCUUCCAAGCCUAGGCAUAUUACCUGUGUAUAUUCUGCUUAUUGUACAUGCAAGAUGAGCACUCCUUUUCAUUUGCCUGGUUCCCUGGGCUGAUGAGGUGUGUAAAUAGGAAGUGAUUCUAUAAGUAGAGAAAAGUAAUAUAUAGUUUACGUGGGGACAGUGCAACAAAGUGCACUUCCUGUAGCCAUGCAUGUUUUUAAACGUUAAAAUCUAGUUGGAAGUGCCAAACAGCCAUCACAAAUCAGGCGCUUAGUACUAGGGGUUAUUUACUGCUGCAUGCAAAUUUGUGGGUGUGCGGUCAUAAAGUAAGGGAUUAUUAUACUGUACGUUUUCAGAAUGAUCGAUCAAUUAAUUGCACAGGAAUUCACGGCACACGCUGAAAAAAGAUGUACUGUAUUUGUUUGAGUGAUCGCGUCCAAAUGAAAGAUCACAUUUUAAGGGUGCUAAAAGGCAACGUGUUAAGGCUAACCCAGCUGAGUAGCAGAACAGUAAGUUAGGUUGGCAAAAAUUAUAAAUAUAAUAUACUAAUGAUAAUGCUUAACAUAAAAAAACCCCAAACCAACACAUAUAGAAGAUGCAUGAUUUAUUAUAAUACCAAAAACCUUAACUGUGUUCUGUGGUGCUUUGACAAUGCUUCAUUUUGUUUAAUAUAUACAUGUAUUUUAAAAAAGAAUGACACUUUUACAAAUUAAAAUCUUACAAAUUUC